CUCAAACCUUUGGCUUUGUAUCCCUUUGAAACACAAAUCAAAACCUUCUCAACCCAAAAAACCUUUUUCUCUCUUCCAUUCUAAACUCUAAUCCCUCACACACCCUAUAUUUUCUCUCCCUCUACAUGGGUUUCUGACCGUUAAUGCUUUAAUCAAAUAUUUUCCCAUAUUUUCUCUUCCUUUCUUCUUGGUGGGUUAUCUUUCUCUUUUUGAUUUUUUUGCUUGGUUUUAUCAUCUGGGUGUUUCUCAAAAUGGGUAAAAAUCAAGCUUACAAAGCUAUGCAGAGAGCCAGGCUGGGCUCUAGCUCUGCUGGGCCUGAUGAGGUUGAAGAUGGCAUGUCGCAGGUGGAUGGUUCAUUUCAUUCACCAGAGUGGCAUGCUGCUCGUUUGGCCAGCCUUAAAACUUCUCACACGAUCACCUGGGAAGAGUAUAAAAAGAAGCAAAAGGAAGAUGAAUUGAAAAAGGGGGAAAUGGAAGCUGAUACAGAUAGAAUGAUGAGAGAGUACAGAGCUCAACUGGAUGCUGAAAGGGCACGUAAGCUUGCCCAGGGAAAGAACCACUCCAGUAGUAAAUCUAGUCACAAAAAAGAUAAGAAGGACAAAGAUUUAAAGAAACGCAGCAGCAGCAGAAAGAGAAAGCAUUCAAGGAGGAGAUCUUCUGAGUCUAGCUCCUCAAGUUCGUCUUCAGAUUCUUCUAGUAGUGAUGAAGAGGAUAGAGAAUCAAGAAGAUCUAAAUCCAGGUCUAAGAGAACUAAGAAGGAAAAGAAGCACAGGUCAAGAUCCAAGCACUGUAGCAGUGACGAUGACGAGGCUGAUGGCCCUGUGCCACUUUCAAGAUUCUUUGAGAGUGUAAAGAGCUAACAUGUUGAAGAUAUUAUUCUGUACUUAUAAAAAUUCUCUUGCUACUAUAGGAGAUGAAUUCGUUCUUUCUUAAUUAGCUCUUAGCAAAUAUGGAUUGCAUCGUUUCUUCCCUUUCUCAACUGUGAGCUCUUUGAGAUGAUAUUUGGAUUGCCAUUUCUUUUUCUAAAGUUCAAUUUUAUGUUCUAGUCUGGUAGAAUGUAUCCUAUCGUGUGUAAUGAACUGUAUUAUACGAGUUCAUGUAAGAAUUUUAUAGAACUUUGAGCAGGAAAAUUGAAGUCAUUACUCAUGCAAUCAUGGUUUCCCCCA